AUGAUUCGAUCGAUAGAAAAGCAGCUCGACCAGGAAGCUACCACCGAGAAGCCCUCGGAGGUCAAGAAAGAUGAGACUCAUUUACCAACGGGGACCCGGCUGCUAGCUAUUAUUGUUUCUAUUCUGUUCGCUAUGUUUUUGGUUGCCUUGGAUCGCACCAUCAUUGCUACAGCAGUUCCUCGCAUUGCAAACCAGUUCAAUUCCCUAGACGACCUCAGUUGGUAUGCGAGUGCAUAUCUGCUGACAAGUUGCGCCACGCAGCUAUCUUGGGGCAAGGUGUACACCUUCUACUCGACCAAGACCAUCUUCCUGAUCGCGAUCCUCAUUUUUGAAGUCGGAUCGGCCGUCUGUGGUGGCGCCCCUAACUCUGAUGCCUUCAUUGUCGGCCGUGCGAUAGCCGGGAUUGGAUCAGCUGGCAUAUUUUCCGGCGCGACAGUGAUAAUCGCACAGAUCGUGCCGCUGGCCAAAAGGCCCAUGUAUGUCGGGCUGAUGGGGUCGACUUUUGGUAUUUCCUCAAUCAUCGGACCUUUGAUGGGUGGUGCGUUCACAGACAACGUGACAUGGCGUUGGUGCUUCUAUAUCAACUUGCCCAUCGGCGGUUUCACCAUGGUCAUCUUGUUCCUUUUCCUGGCCGUCCCCCACAAGCCCCAACCAUGCACCUGGAAGCAACAAAUCCUCCGCCUCGAUCCCCUGGGCAGUGUGCUAUUCCUGCCCUCUGUCAUCUGCUUCCUGCUCGCCCUGCAGUGGGGCGGUAUAACCUAUCCCUGGAGCAAUGGGCGCAUCAUCGCGCUGUUCGUCAUCUCAGGGACACUGAUGAUUGCCUUUGUCGGUGUGCAGAUCCGGCUCAAGAAAGACGCAACAGUGCCGCCUCACAUAUUAAACCAGCGGAGCAUCAUCAGCGGAGUAGUAUUUUCCCUGUGUGUCGGUGGAGGACUAAUCUCUAUGCUGUACACGCUCCCACUCUGGUUCCAAGGCGUGCGCGGCACAUCAGCUGUGAAAUCCGGCAUCGACACAAUUCCCAUGGUGCUGGCGCUCGUUGUCGGAGCCAUACUCUCCGGGUCAAUCAUCACCGCAACGGGAUACUACGUCCCGUGGAUGUUUAUUGCGGCGGUGUUCAUGUCGACGGGCGCAGGGUUGAUGACAACCUUCAAGGUGGACACCAACCACUCCGCCUGGAUUGGAUACCAGGUGUUGUUUGGCAUCGGUAUCGGCACAGGAAUGCAGCAGCCCUCCAUGGCGGCGCAGACUAUUCUCCCUAUGGAUGAGGUCGCCAUUGGUGUCUCGCUGAUGUUCUUCGCGCAGUCUCUCGGCGGAGCUGUCUUUAUCGCUGUUGCUCAGUCGCUCUUCCAGAAUUACCUCGGUGCAAACCUACCCCACAUUCAGGGGAUUGAUGUGGCCAAGAUUAUGGCGGCUGGGGCGACAGGUCUGUCGAAUGCUGUCCCUGCUACCAAGUUGAGCGAGGUUCUGGCGUUAUACAAUGAUGGCCUCCAGCGGUCGUUCAUUGUCGCCCUGGCGGUGUCCUGUCUGAUGAUCGUCCCCGCGCUGACGAUGGAAUGGAGGUCAAUCAAAAAGGAGAAAUCCGCUGCCACGGCUGCUUGA